CUCCAGCUCUCCAGCAGUUCCUCCUUAUCGGACACCCUCCAUCUUCUAGCACAAGCAAGCAUUCUGCAAUAUGAGCCAGGACGCCCGAUUUGCGCGCCUGCAGACGGACCCCCGUUUCCGCCGGCCGAAACAGAAGGCGCUCAAGACCGAGAUCGACGAGCGUUUCAAGGAUGCGCUCUCGGCGGACUUUGGCAAGGUGGCAUCGAAGGCCAAGGUGGACAAGCGUGGGCGCCCGGUUGUCUCCACCGCGGGCGAAGACAGCAUGAAGCGCUUCUAUCGCUUAACAUCACCUGACGAAGCGCGCGUCGACUACGCGCGUGGCGAGGGUGUGCUCGAGUCUUCUGGCUCAGAGGACGAGGACAGUGAAGUUGAGGAGGACGAGCUGGAGCUUGGCGGAAAGCGUAAGAUGCGCUAUCUACCGGAAUCUUCCUCCGACUCGGAAGAGGAGUCGCACGGAGAGGACGGACUCGUCGACCUGAGCGAGAGUGACGACGAGGGACGCCCCCGCAUCAACUUGAGCGAGGACGACGAGCCUGAUAUGCAGGAAGAUGAGGAAGAAGAAGAGGAGGAAGGCGCAGAGCCCACGACACGCAUCGCCGCUGUCAACCUCGACUGGGACCACCUCCGCGCUGCCGACAUCUUCACCAUCUUCAACUCGUUCCUGAAGCCUCCCGUUAAGAAGGGUGAGGCCGCUCCUCCGCCUCCGGGCAGGCUCCUCAGCGUGCGCAUCUACCCUUCCGAAUUCGGGAAGGAGAGGAUGGCGGCCGAAGACGCGGCCGGGCCUGGUGGUGGGCUGUGGAAGCUCGAGAGUACCGGCCGCAAGAGAUCGAGACACACCGACGCGGACGAGAACUGGGGGAGCGAGAGCGAGGAGGAAGAGGGCAAGGGCGGGGAUGACUCCGACGAGGAGGCCGAGAAUGACCGGGCGGAGAGCGGCGUUCUUUCUGACGACGGUCUUGAUCCCGAGCUCGACGAUCUCGAGAUCCUCUCCGACGUCAGCAACGAGGAGAAUAUCGACAUGGACCAGCUGCGCAAGUACCAGCUGGAACGACUGCGAUACUACUACGCCAUAGCGACCUUCAGCACCAUUCCUGCCGCCCAGCUCGUGCACGACGAGCUGAACGGGACUGAGUUUGAGCGGACCGCAAACAUUCUUGACCUGAGUUACGUGCCGGAGGGCAUGGAGUUUGAAGAGAGCGAGGUGCACGACGAGUGUACCAAGGAACCGAAGGGGUACAAGGGCAACGAGUUCGUCACGGACGCCCUCCGCCACUCGAAAGUCAAGCUUACGUGGGACCAAGACGACCCGAACCGCGCAAAGAUGACACGGCGUGCGCUCACGCGCGAUGAGAUCGAGGAGGAGGACUUUGCGAAUCUCGUGGCCGGAUCCGCGUCGGACGAUUCCGCGUCCGAAGCGGAAGCGGAGGGCGAGAAGGGCACCGCGAAGGUCAGCAAGAAGGAGCGCGCACGCGAGCGCAAGGAGAAGCUCCGUGCGCUGCUCGAGGCCAGCGACGGCGAUGUGUGGGGCAAAGCGGGUGCGGCAUGGCAGGAGGAGUUGGCGGAGCUGCGCGACGGCAAGAAGGACAAGGGCAAGGGCAAGGGCAAGAACAAGAAGGACGCCGUCGAGAUCACUUUCAAGCCGGGCCUCACGAACCCUGCCGUCACCGACGAGGAGAACAUGACGUCCUUGCAGCGGUAUCAGAUGCGCAUGAAGGAGAAGAAGCGCGCGAAGAAGGACAAGGUCAAGCAGGGCGAAGACGAGGCGAUGGGCGGCGACGACUUCUUCGGCGACGACGAAAGCGACGACGCGGCACCUGUUUCACCGAAGAAGGGCAAGAAGGAGAAGGGGAAGCCUAAGAAAGAUAAGGAGGCCAAGGACGACGGCGAGCCCAACACAGUCACGUUCGAUGCGGACGCGGCUGGCCUUGUCGACGACCCGUCGCGCCACUUUGCCCUCAAGGACCUGAUCACGGCCGAGAAGGCAGAGGGCAAGAAGCGCAAGCGGCACCGCAAGAAGUCGACCAAGGAGCUGGAACUUGGGCCUGAGGGCUUCGCCGCCAGCGUCGACGUCGCGGACCCGCGCUUUGCUGCAAUCUACGACGAGCCCGCGUUUGCGCUCGACCCAACCCACUCCAAGUACACGGACACGAGUGUGAAUCGGGAGAUCUUGAAGCGGACGCGCGAGAAGCACGCUGAAGGGCGGGAGGGGAAGAAAGCUUCGAAAGCGGAGGAGAAGGGGCUUAGCGACCUCGUCGCGAGCGUCAAGGCGAAGAGCCGGCCGCGGAAGCGCAGCAGGCAUUAGUGGCCGUGUUAGUAGAUGCACACAACUGCACGUCCGGAC